AUAAUGUAUUGUAUAUAUUACAUUUUUAAUUAAUAUAUUAUAUUAAUAAUAUAUAUUAUAGUAUAUAUUAUUAACAUUUUAAUUUAACAUGAAUGUAUUAAAACACGUCUAUAUGUAUAUUAUAUUAUAAUAAAACUGUGGUAAGAAAUGAUGCAAUAAAUUAACCCAGGAAUAAAUGAGCGUUAUAACGGUCGUUUGUACAUUUAAGAUAACAAGAUAGCAACAAAAUAGCAUAAUAAUAUGGGAAAAAUAUACUUCAGUUUAUAAAAUAAAAUUAAAGCAUUAUUUUUCUCGACGACGGAGGUGAAGCCACGAAGAAGAAAAACAUGUAUUUAUUUCAAUCCAUCAGAAACGUUAGAAAGUUCCCCUUCUCCUCCUCAUCAUCCCGCAGAGUCUGACUCGCAGCCAAUGACAUCACGUCCACACACGAGCCCACCGCCUCCCGUGCGCACUGUCCUCUCGCCAAUUGGUCCAACAGUGGAAUCCUGGGAACGCGCGCACGAGCCGCUCGCGUGGAGCUCCAACUUUAUAAAUAAGAGUGGGAGAAGCUGCAGCAGAAGAGAGAGAAGAAGAGAGAGAGAGAGCAGGUACCAGUCAGCAGACCUGGGAGGAUACUUCACUGGACUCUCGGGGUGUUUGGUGCUCAGCGUCAGUCUUCUUCGUCACUGUCCUCCGUCACACACCACAGGAUGCCUGCAGGGAAUUUGGACCGAACAUCUCCGUCCGCUGUGGCUGCCGUUCCUGCCAGUAUGAGCUCCAGGCCGGAGAAGCCCCGCGGCUUGAUGGAGAACAGAAAGUCUUCCAAACCAAUCAUGGAAAAACGCAGACGUGCUCGGAUCAAUGAGAGUCUGGGUCAGCUGAAGACCCUCAUCCUGGACGCCCUCAAGAAAGACAGUUCCAGACACUCCAAACUGGAGAAGGCAGAUAUACUGGAGAUGACCGUGAAGCACCUGAGGAACCUGCAGCGCCACCAGCUGACUGCUGCUGCGACCACAGACCCAUUAGUUCUGGGUAAAUACCGAGCCGGGUUCAGCGAGUGCGUCGGCGAGGUCACGCGCUUCCUGUCCACUUGCGAGGGUGUGAACACGGUGGUGAGAACGCGCCUCCUCAGCCACCUGGCGGCGUGCGUGACCCAGAUCAACAUCUACGCUCCUCAACCGGGUCCGAUCGGAUCGAGUGCUGCGCAGAUAGCGCCCCCCUCGGCCACGCAGAUGCCCUGCAAAAGCGUUUCGGGGCUGCACCUGCCACCGGACGCCGUCAAGCUGUACAGUGGCUUUCAAGUGGUGCCGUCGCCGGACGGACAGGUGACGUUCCUGGUCCCCAGCGCUGCACUGGUGCCCGUGAACGCUCCGAGCAGCCACCACGCGUCGGCCGUUGCGGCCCCGCUGAUCUCAGACUCCGUGUGGAGACCCUGGUAGAAGAAAACCUUCUCUGAACAUACUGUACAAAGGACCCCUCAAAAUAAAACACUAUUUUUUUGUACAUUUUGUAAAUGUUUCUAUAAAAACCGAGUUUUCACACAUUUGCCUUUGAACGAACGCGUAAAGAUUUUCUUCGCCUUGUAUUUUUCUUUGAUUUAGACGUGACGUAUGACAUGGUACAAGUCGUUAGGCUCAGGAAAUGGAACGGAAUGGAAACUUUGUCCUCAAAAAGCUCUUGAAUAGCACUGUAUUUUUUACACGUUAAUAAAAUGUUUCUAUAAUAUUUGCUGCAUUUUUUUCUUGGAGUCAUUUCACUGUUUUGCAUAAAGUGGUAAAUUAUGUAUGAGUCAUAAUUUUGGCUGAAUGUUUAAUUUUUUUUUAACCUGCUGUUUGACUGUGUGUCACAAAAUACCCUACAGGGCCGCGACCCAGUCUUUGGGAAACGAUGUCCUAACUGGUCUUUUCAAACUUGAUAAUCCCUCUGCGGCGACAUGAAACUGUAAAUAAACAGCGGCCAGUGUAGUUAAGGAACCCGAGACGGUGCGUGGAGCCCGGAGGGCGUGCUGCCAACCAGUUGAAUUGGCAGGAUGUGCUGUUGACACGUGCUGGCCUGUUUGUUCGCCUGCCAAAAAAGAAAUGUGAAAUGGACAACACUGGUGGUGGAGCUUCUGUCGGGGUCAAACGGAGCUCAGGCUGAUGGGAUACCGCUACCCCGGGAUUAAGUGCUGGGAACGUGUCAUCCUGCUGUCAUUCUGUACUACAGGAGGAAUACAUUAGAGCCAUGCAAUGUAGGGCUAAUCUGAAGGGGUGCUUGAGGUGGUGGUGCGUUAUCCUAGGGACCGUCAUAAAAUUGGUGUAGAGGAAAACUGGACGGUUAAUUCAAAAUUUGUAAUUAUUUUUUUGGAAAAAAAAUUCUAUAUUAAAUUAUAUUUAGUAUUUAGGUAUUUCUAAAUAACUGAUGUUACUCAACUUGACUCUACUCUGAGCAUUUUCUGUCUGACCCUGAAGUAAUCUGGUAAAAAUCAAUGUAAAA